UUUUUUUUUGGUCUGAAGGGAAAAGGUGGGUGAGGGUAGGGGUGGAAAAAACAUAUCCUUCACUUUUUUUUUUUCCCUUUCGUCUUUCUUUUUUUUUCUUUUUAAUUUAUACAUUACACAAGACAUGGCUCAACAAGCAAAACAAGCAGCUCAAAAGUUGGGUGGCAUGUUCCCUAAGGGUUCUGGUAAAGGUGCUGGCUCUGCCGCUGGUGCUUUGGUUGUCCUCGGUGCCUUGGGUUACGGUGUCAAUGCUUCUCUUUUCAACGUUGAUGGUGGUCACCGUGCUAUCAAAUAUACUCGUCUCUUUGGUGUUCAAAACACUGUAUAUAACGAAGGUACUCACUUUAUGAUCCCCUGGUUCGAAACUCCCAUUGUUUAUGAUGUUCGUGCUAAACCUCGCAAUGUUGGUUCCUUGACUGGUACCAAAGAUUUGCAAAUGGUCAAUAUUACUUGUCGUGUUUUGUCCAAGCCUCGUGUGGAUCAACUUGCCACUGUUUACCGUACUCUUGGUCAAGAUUAUGAUGAACGUAUUCUUCCUUCCAUUGUCAAUGAAGUAUUGAAGUCUGUUGUUGCUCAAUUCACCGCUUCUCAAUUGAUCACUCAACGUGAACGUGUAUCUCGUCUUGUACGUGAAAACUUGGUGCGUCGUGCUUUACGUUUCAACAUUGUUUUGGAUGAUGUGUCUAUCACUCAUGUUGGUUUCUCUCCUGUCUUUGAAAGUGCUGUUGAAGCCAAGCAAAUUGCCCAACAAGAUGCUCAACGUGCUGCCUUUGUGGUUGACAAGGCUCGUCAAGAAAAACAAUCAGUGAUUGUUCGUGCUCAAGGUGAAGCCAAAUCUGCUGAAUUGAUUGGUGAAGCUAUCAAGAACAAGCCUGGAUUCUUGGAAUUGAAGCGUAUUGAAGCUGCUCGUGAAAUUGCUUCUGUGAUCUCCCGAAGUGGUAACCGUGUCAUGCUCGAUUCUGAUACUUUGUUGCUCAAUAUCAAUGCCUCUGAAGCUACUGCUAAGAAAUAGAUAUUAUUAUUAUUUUUAUUUUUUUAUCUCCUCUUCUUAUCACUCAUCUUAAACAAUAGUCCAUAUACUUUUUUUCUCUCUCAUAUUGUUAUCAUUUUGGUACAUUUAUAUAGUCUUUUUUUAUUCUCUUCUUUUUUUUUCACUUUGUUUCCUCUUUUUGAAUUCACCACCCUCCUCCUCCUUCCUCUCUUUCUAUUUAUGUCUCAUAAAAAGGAAGAAUUAUAUAUAAUAAAUCAAUAAAAAAAAAAAAGAAGAUCCUUU